GUAACUUGUCCCAAUCCGUCACAGUCGUUCGUCUGUCGUCCAUGUCGGCCUUGGUUGCGCCGUCGAAUUGAGCUGCAAUCCCGCCGGAUCGUCCGCUCGGUUCUCAAAUUGUCGCCAAGAUCAAGUCAAAGUUCUUUCACGAACACCAACUUGUGAUACUGGACAUACUCGUCUCAUGAGUUGCGGCAAGUGCGCGGAAUGUGACGGACCAACCGAAUGGGACGAAGGCGUUGGCUCUGCUAUCUGCACCGAAUGCGGGACGCUUGCAGACCCCACGCAGAGCGUUCUCACUACUCGUUAUGACUUCGCACCAAACACUACAAACGAACCAUGGACGACUCUAACGACCACACUGAAGAGCCGGAAAGGAUGGGCUCUUCCCGGCCAGAGCCAGGAUGCUUCGCACACGAGGAACACCCUGGCUAUACGUGAAUUCAUCCAAACUUUGGCUAUAAGACUCUCGGCUCGGGGUGCCGCUGAGCGUGCGCAAACGCUCUUUGACCAAGUUAUGACGAGAGGUCAGUUUCGCUGGGGUCGCCAAUCUAAACGAAUGGCCGGUGCAGCUCUUGCGAUAGCACUCCGCGAAUCCAAGAGAAGUGACGCUCUACGAGACAUAGCUUACUUUCUGGAGGAAUCUCCUGGGGCUCUGGGCCGCUCCUUUAGCUCUCUGACGAGGAUUUUGGCACUGAACGUAACACCUGCCGAUCCCACAGUUCACCUGUCAACCCUGCACAGUCAUCUCGUCUCUGAAUUGCAAGAGUCCGCUUCAACUUUCCCCGACAAACUCCGAACGACUCUGGUGCCUCUGCUUCCUCGCAUGAUGGUCAUCAUGCGAACUGCAGAUUCGCUCUGUGCCCUCCUCUCCCGAACAGAUGCCUUGGUGAAAGUGCCGACUCCACCCACCUCCUGUGCUGUUCUGAUGCUCGCUAUCGAGGCCGAAGUGCAGUCUUCACUCCCGCAUACAGGCGUGCUAGCCCAAGUGCUCGGCUCCCGCUUUGGCGCCGCUAAAGCGACCGUGAUGCAGCGUUACAAGAUCAUAUACGAUCUCGUAGAAGAGUGGAUCCGCGAAGUACCCUGGCUAGACGCCCACGAGCGUAAGAACGGAGGCACGGGGCGUUCCAAGGUCGCCAAAAGGAUUGUCGUCGCUCGGGGUUUGAAGGACGUCCUGCAGUUCCAGGAUGAGAUAUCGGCGAAGAAGCUGGAGGCUCAAGAGAAGCCGCGGCUUGAGAUCGAAGUGGAGGAUGUGAGCACGGAUGGCAAGGAGGAUGUCGAGGAUGACCCAGACGCAGACGGGCCCUGGCGCUUCUUCCGGGACAACAGGAGGAGAGACACUACAGCGGGUACGUCAUCCGCAUCUACUCGCGUUGUCCGAAAAGACGUCGUCAUCUCUCGUCCUCCCCUUAAGAAGUGGAAGAGCUCGCACGAGCGCUCCGUCGCACGGGCGUCGCAGUUCCUGCUGGACCCACUGCGCUCCCGAGGUUCAGGAGACUCGGGAAUGCAAAGCGAGCCCUCGCGUCCGCGGAAGCCCAGUGGCGGCGCGGACCUGGACCUGCUCUCCCAUAUCCUCACCGCCGACCCCUCCAGCCUCCCGCACGUGUUCGCCAAUGCGCCCAGUCGGCUGCAGCUCCUCGUAGCUUCCCGUACACGCGCGGAGUCGGACAUCCCCGACGAGGAGCUGUUUACCGACGGCGAGCUCGACGGGAUGCUGAGGAGCGCAGAGGAGGCUGGCCAGCUGCGUAUCGCGCUUGGAUGGGAUGCCGAGGAAGAGGGUGAUGUUGCAAGCCCUGCGACGCCAAGGAAACACUGUCGGAAGAGGAAACGAGAGGAGGCGGAGGAAGACCAGGAGACGGCCGGAGGAUCGAAGAGGAUCAAUAUGGACGCGCUCGCGAGGCUCCUCGAUCCGUCCUUCGAUCUGGAGGCAGAGUAUGUCUUCAAUGAUACGGACGAUCUCCUCGCAAACGAUGAUAAGGAGUGCGCUGACAACGAGGUUGUUGAUUAUGCCUCCCUGUCGUUUGUCGGUUACGGCGAAGAUCCCGACGUGCUCUCGCGGGCUCCGAUGUCCAGCGGCGAAGGAGAGGUGGUUGAGGAGUGGCGGCCGAUGUCUCCGGGAGGUGGGUAUGACGAGGACCGAUACGACGUGUAGAGCGUUUCUCUUUUCAGCCGGAAUCAUCGUGACAAGGCCCGUGUUGCACACUGCAUCCAGGUGUCGCCAUAGAUCUGCCCCUGUAUCGGAGGUUAAUAACUCCAUGGACCCCUCAUCGGAACUUGAUGAAAAGUUC